GCAGGUUCUCUCCACAGAGGCUCUUGUUGCAAUGAUCUGCAGGCACAGAGAUGCCACCUCGCCUCUGCUCAGGUGAGAGCUGGUAGCCCCUCCCUGCCAAGUGCAGAGCUCAAUGCCCAAGUGAGGUUUGCAGUAAAGGAGCUGUCACUGUGAAUAGGUGAGGAAGAAGGGUGAGAGCUCCAGCACUUGCUCCUUCUGCUGCUGCUGGCCCAGGGACAGGACAGACAGGACAGGCCAUAAAAGAUUUUUACUUUCUUGUUUUUAAACCUCCAAGCUCCUUUCUGGAAUUGCUACACCUUCAGAUUGAGACAUCCCUCCUCCGCGUUUGCAAACCUCCACUGUGUCUGCUAAGGGAGGGUUACUCCCCGAGCUGCCAGGAGCCAGAAGGCUUCCAAGUCAAGGCCCACAUUGCAGCAGAAACUGGGGCAGAGCAGUCCUGGGAUGUGACAGACAUCGGAAGGCUCCCUCCCCAGCGACGUCUAGGACCAAAGCGGAGGUGAUCUUUAUUUGGGAGCCUGAGGGGUUCACCUCGAAAGAGCAGGGAGAUGGACUGCAUCAUACAAAAGGCUGAAGCCCUGGAGAGGGCGCACCUGAUGCAGGUGGUCUGGGAUGACGGUGGAGAGUCCCUGUACCCCGCCGUGUGGCUGAGGGACAACUGCCAGUGCUCCGACUGCUACCUGGAUUCUGCCAAAGCCCGCAAACUUCUCCUGGAAGCCCUCGAUGUGAACAUCUAUAUCAAAGGCUUGACGUUUGACAGGAGAAAGGUUUACAUCACGUGGCCGCACGAGCAUUACAGCGAGUUUGAAGCUGAUUGGCUGAAGAAAAGAUGCUUCUCCCGGCAGGCCAGAGCAAAGCUGCAAGGAGAGUUGUUUUUGCCAGAAUGUCAGAACUGGGGCUCAGAGCUCCAGCUACCAACUCUGGAUUUUGAAGAUGUUUUAAAAAAUGACGAAGAUGCAUACAAGUGGCUUUCCACCCUCAAGAAGGUAGGCAUCGUCCGACUCACCGGUGCAGCUGACAGACGAGGAGAAAUUGUGAAACUUGGGAAAAGGAUUGGCUUCCUCUAUCUCACAUUUUAUGGACACACUUGGCAAGUGCAAGACAAAAUCAACGCCAACAACGUGGCUUACACAACUGGGAAGCUGAGCUUCCACACCGAUUACGCAGCUCUCCACCACCCACCUGGGGUUCAGCUUCUGCACUGCAUUAAGCAGACCGUCACGGGGGGCGACUCGGAGAUCGUGGAUGGGUUUAACGUGUGCCAAAAGCUCAAGGAGAAGAACCCCCAGGCUUUCCAGAUUCUGUCAUCCACCUUUGUGGACUUCACAGACAUUGGCGUGGAUUACUGUGACUUCUCUGUGCAAUCUAAACACAAAAUUAUAGAGCUGGACGACAAAGGCCAGGUGGUUCGCAUCAACUUCAACAAUGCCACCAGGGACACAAUCUUCGACGUUCCCCUGGAGCAAGUCCAGCCUUUCUACGCUGCCCUGAAGGAGUUCGUGGACCUCAUGAACAGCAGGGAACUCAAGUUCACCUUCAAGAUGAAUCCAGGCGAUGUGAUCACCUUCGACAACUGGCGCUUGCUGCAUGGCCGGCGCAGCUACGAGGCAGGCACGGAGAUCACGCGGCAUCUGGAGGGCGCCUACGCCGACUGGGACGUGGUCCUGUCCCGGCUGCGCAUCCUGCGGCAGGGCCUGGGGGCUCGGGGCUGAGCCUCUUCUCCGCCACGGCGCUGGGCCUCGCCAGAGCGCCUGGCCCUGUGCUGCCAUGGCCAGCCACACCCCUCUCCUCCCCGUCCUGUGUCCUCAGAGUGUCUGCGCGCUGGGUGCUGAUCGCUUUGGUGUCAAUCAAACGCGUCUCCAAGGGUAGCUUUUUUAGAAGUCACUCUAUUGCUUCCAAUAAAGUUUGUCUCCCUCUUUCCCCACAA